CAGCAUGCACUGGGGGCCUCCUGACACUAACACCAACACCAGCUCCAUCAUCUGUGUGUGUUUGCUGCCCCUCAGAGGUUCAUAAGAGCAGCCCAGAAAUUAUUCAUAGGAACCUGAUCUGGUCCUAAAAAGAUAAAGAGGGUUAUGUCUCCAUGGUGACUGCUCCCUCCAGGCCUGCAAACAAACAGCACACAUCCUGUUGGACUGGAGUUGGAAAGAUGCACCGGUCGUACCAGCCGCUAAAACCUGUCACCAACCGCUACCUGCAGCAGAGAUGGGACCAGAACAACUACCAGAACCACUGCAGGAAGGUAAGCUCCGCCCUUCCUGUCGUUGACAACAGGGGCAUUAGGACACCAGCCCAUGUCCAACUCAAACUGAAAAGACUGCAGCUGCAGGAUGAGCGCCUGUCCAUCAUCGACAGAGACAACCGUCUCCUGUCCUCCAGACUGGCCAACAUCGUUUCUUCACAUGGUUUGGUGGACCAUCGGAACCAGUAUCACCUGAAGAGUCUCAAUGCUGACAAGAGGCGGGCUGAGCUGGUACUGGUCCGUCGUCAGAAUCAGGCCAUCUACCAGCGGCUCCUGUCCCGACAGUCAGAGUAUCGCCGCCAGACAUGGUUGGACGACUGGCAGAAGGCGGAGCGUCGUCGUGAGAGCAUUUCCCAGUAUCCCCGGGGACUGGGAGACAAACAGAAGUCAAACCGAAAGGUGAAGUUCUCCGCCGCGCCGGACAGUGAGUGGUCGGAUGACACAGACGAGUCACAGAGACGGACGUGGAACACGCACACACACGGAUGAUCAUGUGACCUGUCUGCAGAGAUGCCCCUUCGUGUGGAGUCAGUAAAAAGAAAACAAAGAGAAAACGUCAAAUAUCUUCAUGUUAUUUGACACUGGUUUAAAGUCAAAACAUGUUUUUAUUUAUGAAUCUGUGUUUGAUGUGAAUCUUUUCUGAGAUCAUUUUUAAAGUUUAUUUUUGUUUUUAAUAUAUAUACAGGUAAAGUAAGGCUCAACAUAUUUGCAAACAUUAUACACUGACACCGAGCCUAUAAUAAUGUUAUAAUUAUAUCUGUUUAUUUAACUCUCACUAAAAUAUGUCAUGGCUGCACAUAUAUAUGGAGUUUUCCAUUAAUUGUCCGAAGGUAAAGGUUAAUAAAGUUCUAUUUAUAUUUAGA